AUGUUCAGCGAAGCCUACAUCAUCUUCUCUAUCGGCCUGAUCAAGCCCUUACAGUCUGCCGCAUUCCCCACCUGCUUUGAAACACACGUGGACUGCCGCCCUGAGGAGACCCACGUGAUGAACUUUGUCCAGAUCGCGGGGAUCAUCCUGGGAAUGCUGGUGUUUGGAGCCUUGGGUGACAUCAUUGGCCGUUGCUGGGGCAGUCGGAUCGUGGCCACCAUCAUGCUGACUGGCUCUGUCAUGCUCGUGUUCUCAGCGUUGGUGCGAGACCCCCUCACCUACCUGCAGUUCUUCAUCUUCGCCCAAACCUUCUAUGGCUUUGGUGUCGGCGGAGAGUACCCAAUGGCGGCAAGCUCGGCGGCCGAGCGGUCUCAGAGCGACCCCGAGCUGCGCAACAAGCGGGGGCAGCAGGUGGUGCUCACCUUCUCACAGCAGGGCAUGGGGAACCUGGUCAAUGGCUGCGUCAUCCUGAUCUGCAUGGCCAUGCUGGGCCAGACCGGCCACGUGCUGGAGGGCAGGGCGUCGCGUGACAUCAUCAUUAUACAGGAGUCGAAGGUGUGGAAGGCGGAGCGCAAAGAUGCCGAGGACAUCACCGCCCAGAUCGAACACAAGCAGAAACUCUACAUGUACAAGACCACCCUGUACCGCUUUGGCCCCCGGCUCAUGGUCACAUGCCUCGGCUGGGUCAUGAACGAUGGUGCCUUUUACGGGAACAAGCUGUUCCAGUCCAAGUUCAUCGCGGCGCUGUACCCCAACGCCACGCAAUUUGAGCGGAUGCAGUGGACGGUCCUCAACAGCGCCAUCUCGCUGCUGGGCUACUGGGCCGCCGCCGCGCUGGUGGACAAGCCCUGGUACGGCCGGUGCCGCAUGCAGACGAUUGGCUUCUUCAUGAUGUUUGUGCUCUUCAUGGCCUGCGGCGUAGCCUACGGCCCGCUAACUGCCAGCGCCACGGGCUUCAAGGCGUUCCAGGCCCUCUACUUCCUCUCCAGCUUCUUCAACCAGUUCGGGCCCAACUGCACGACCUGGCUGGUGGCGGCCGAGGUGUUCCCCACAGACGUACGCGCCACGUUCCAGGGCACCAGCGCGGCCGCCGGCAAAGUGGGCGCGAUCAUAGCAGACAUCGUCUUCGGCCUCGUCAGCACCCAGACGACAUUCUUCAUGUCCGCUGGUUUUGGGGUGGCAGGCUGCAUCCUGACGCUGCUGUUCCUGCCAGACACCACAGGCCUUAGCCUGGAUGAGCUGGACCGGCUGCACAAGUACAUGCUGGCUGAAGAAUUCGAGCACUACCACGGGGAGGCCGUGAACCCCAAGCACCUGUCGCUCUUUGAGAGGUACGUCCUGGGCUGGUCCAAGCACUACAACCCCGACAUGGACGCACACCACAAAGAGCUGCAGGAGAUGGCCGCAGCCACCAAGGCCAGCCAGGCUGUCGCAGAGCAGGACGCCGCACGCGGCCGCGCGGCCGACCCUCUGCUGGAGAUGGCAAACCGCGGGGCCAACAACGGCCACGGCGGCGCGCAGAUUUGA